CCCGCCCCCGCGCUGAGUCAACGCUUGCCAUCCCGCCGGCGCCUGCUCGCCCUAUCUCCGGCAAACCAACAGGAGAGCAUCCUCAAACGAGAGGGCGUUAUGUCACCAGGGCCCGAGGGCCGAGUUGAUAACAGAGCAUAGCACUGCCUCUUCCCAUUCAUUCCCACGACAUGCGCCGGCACUCCGAUCAGGACCAGAUUCACCAGCAACAAAAAACUUGUUACGACGGCUGAAGUGGCGAAGUCGGACGAUGGCAGCGACUGUGCGCUCCGUCACUCGCGGGCUCCGGUCCGGCGUGGUGCAGCCGACCACGAGAAGUCGAGGGGCUUCGCUGCAACCGAAACGUCUCGCAUCCGGAGCCGCUGCGGUUCACGCACACGAACCGUCGCCGCCGCCAAGCUCUCACAUGCCAGCAACCGGGGCGCCGGCUUCUUUAGACGGCCAGGAUCUUAAUGGCUCCGCGCAGUCCCCCGUGCAUCCGGCACGCUCGCGUAGAGACCGCAUCCGGGAUGCCAAGCCUUUCUCCGAGUUCCUGACCGACUCCUUCCAUCGACAGCACGACUAUCUGCGCAUCUCGGUCACGGAGCGGUGUAACCUACGCUGCCUGUACUGUAUGCCCGAGGAGGGCGUGCCUCUCUCACCCUCGCGGGAGCUCCUGACGACGCCCGAGAUCGUCAUGCUCUCUUCCCUCUUCGUCUCGCAGGGGGUGACCAAGAUCCGGCUCACGGGCGGCGAGCCAACGGUGCGGCGGGAUAUCGUGCCCCUGAUGCAGCAGAUCGGAGCGCUACGCGCCCACGGACUGCGAGAGUUGUGCCUGACCACCAACGGACUCUCACUGCACCGUAAGCUCGAACCCAUGGUCGAGGCAGGCCUGACGGGCGUCAACCUCUCUCUCGACACGCUGGAUCCCUGGCAGUUCCAGCUGAUGACGCGGCGGGCGGGGUUCAGCGCGGUCCAGAAAACCAUGGACCGCAUCUUCGAGCUGAAGCGCGCGGGGGCGGGCAUCAAGUUCAAGAUCAACUGCGUCGUCAUGCGCGGGCUCAACGACCGCGAGAUCCUCCCCUUUGUAGAACUGACGCGCGAGAGGGACGUCGAGGUGCGCUUUAUCGAGUACAUGCCUUUUGACGGCAACAAGUGGAGCGAGGGCAAGAUGUUCAGCUACCAGGAGAUGCUGGACCUGAUCAGGACCCGAUACCCGGACCUGCGGAGGGUUAAGGGCCACAGGAACGACACGAGCAAGACAUUCGAAGUGCCCGGCUUCACAGGCAGAAUCGGCUUCAUCACUAGCAUGACUCACAACUUUUGCGGGACAUGCAACAGGCUUCGGAUCACCAGCGAUGGGAACCUCAAGGUGUGUCUGUUUGGCAAUGCCGAAGUCUCGCUGCGAGAUAUCAUACGAAGAGUGAACAAGGGCGAGCCCAUUGACGAGACGGCCUUCAAAGCGCUGGAGCAGGCGGCCUUGGAGAGGAUAGAGAGCCCCCCAAGCCCUGCCUCUCAGCCGCUGGUGGUGCCUAACUCGGAUGAGCUCCUCAACGUCAUCGGCAUGGCCGUCAAGAGGAAGAAGGAGAAGCAUGCCGGGAUCGGGGAGCUGGAGCACAUGAAAAACCGACCGAUGAUACUGAUUGAUGCUCCAACGUCACCCCCGGGCCGCACCCGGAAUCGUCUGUCGUGGCAUCAUGCCGGCUUGCCGUCUAGGCCUCUACCCUCAAAGCACCUACCUGGCUUACUGAUCCCUCCCUUCACCACGAACAGCGCGGCCACCACUCACCAACACCGCUUCUUUUCGAACUCUACACGCCGCAACAACAGCAACAACAGCAACAACAACAAAAGCAAAAACAAUAAUGACAACGACGUCGGCGAGAAGAACGACAACGCCGCAGGCCCCGCCCCCAGGCUAACGCACGUCACCGCCUCGGGCUCUGCACACAUGGUCUCCAUCUCGGACAAGACCCCGACCAGGCGCACCGCCCAGGCCAAGUGCGCCGUGCGCUUCUCCUCGCCCCUGCCGCUCGCCCUGAUCCGGGACAACCAGAUCAAGAAGGGCGACGUGCUGGCGGCGGCGCGCAUCGCGGGCAUCAUGGCGGCCAAGCGCACGCCCGACCUGAUCCCGCUCUGCCACCCCAUCGCGCUGACGCACGCCGAGGUCGAGCUCGUCGCGCCGCCGCCGCCGCCGCAACCGGCGAGCUCGGGGGCGGGGGAUACUGAUGAUGAUGAUGAUGAUGGUAGUAGUAGGGUGCUCGAGAUCACGGCGACCGUCUCAUGCGACGGCAAGACCGGGGUCGAGAUGGAGGCUCUCACGGCAGCCAGCGCGGCGGCGCUGACGGUGUACGAUAUGUGCAAGGCGGUGGAUAAGGGGAUGGUGAUUGAGGGGUUGAGGGUGGUGCUCAAAGAGGGCGGCAGGAGCGGGCGCUGGGUCGAAGGAGACGGGAGCCGUGGUUAGAGGGUACACACACUACUCCUAUUUGUAUUGUUUGUUUGAUGGGAGUUGGGGAGGGAAAGCAUUGUAUCGUAUGUACGGAGUACCAGUUGUGUUCAUUUGCAUGGGAAGAAAAGGGCGCGUUCAUAAACGACUUGGCUGUCUGUAAUUAGUGACUAUGUGACAACAAUCGAUUCACAACAGGUUGUGUGCACUUUUUACACGAGAGUAUCCCAUACUUUCUCUCUCACUUGGAUGCUUCCAC